CCGCGGUUACGCCUCAAACUCCACAAACUUGUGCGCACGCGUAAGUUCACUAAGAAAAACAUUGUAAUGUCAGCGACACGCAGCACGCGUUGAGAACUCAUUUUGAAUUGGCUCUAAAUUUAAUCAUAGGCAUAAAUAUUGACGCUCUUGACAUGAUCUUCGUGCUCGACAUUGAAAAAUCCGAAUUUGAUGUUGAGAACUUGACAUGUAUUUUGCUGUCUUCCUUGCCGCGGCUGUGCAAAUACAUAGCGUGACGCCUGCUCUUCACACGCUCAAUUAUUUCACGACAACAUCCACACAAGUUCUGAAUGUGCCGGAGUACUGGGAGGUCGCUUAUGUCGACGGCGUUCAGAUUUUGCACUAUGACAGUAACAGCAGAAAAAUAAAAGUAAAACAACAGUGGGUGAGCAAAAUCUCAGCAGAUGACCCGGACCACUGGGAUAACGAGUUGGUCGUCAGUGCGAGUAAUGCGCAGGUCUCCAAAGACAACCUUGAAAUUGCGAAAAAGCGCUUCAACCAAACUGGAGGUGUUCACAUUUUUCAGGUGAUGUACGGCUGUGAAUGGAAUGAUGAGACUGGUGAGGUUGGUGGUUGGGACCACAUCCGUUACGAUGGAGUAGACUUCCUAUCAUUUGAGGCGAAGACAAUGACAUGGAUCGCAGCACACCCACAAGCUUUCAUGACCAAAAUCAAGUGGGACCAAAUAGACGGGUUCAAUGCACACAGAAAGAAUGUCCUUACUGAGAUGUGUCCUUUCUUGUUGAAGAAGUAUGUGAGCAACGGGAAGGACUUCCUGACGAGAACAGAGCUUCCCAAGGUGUCUCUCCUGCAGAAGACACCUUCCUCUGGGGUCAUCUGCCACGCGACUGGUUUCUACCCCAGCACCUCGUCCCUCUUUUGGAGGAAGGACGGUGAGGAGAUCCACGAGGACGUGGAGAAGGGGGAGACCCUCCCCAACCACGACGGAACCUUCCAGACCUCGGCCCACCUGAAAGUGGAGGUGACGCCCGCCACGGAGGGCGUGUACGAGUGCGUGUUCCAGCUGGCUGGUGUCCAGGAAGCCAUCGUCACCAAGCUGGACGCCAGAAGCAUCCUGAGCAACGCGCGCAUCCAGAAAGAGCAAGACAAGAAGAAGGCGGUAGCCAUCGCUGUGCCAUUGGUGGUCCUCACUCUGAUGGCGAUGGUGGUAGCGGUCUUUGCCAAGCGUUUCAAAACCAAACAACACGAAUACGCUCAAGCUUCCAUCACCCCAAAUUCUAAGGCUUAAGCGCUUUUCCAAGUGAGACACAACAGCCGUCACACGGUGUCAAAUCACAUGGCAAGAUGUCGCCCUCGGAGUUUGCUACUGAUUACGCUUGGAGUU